GAUCAGGUUAGAUUACAUUAAGAUAAGGUUAGGGUGCGGGGACAACAGAUGUCUUGUUUAUAUCACCUCACACCUGUUGAUUCGACGCACGGCUGUGAUUGCUGUGAAUAUCAUUAUUAUCCUAGGUCAUCAUAUGUUACACCCGGUAAAUUUUUACUUUUCAAUGCUUUCUCUGCUCGAUUAGAUAGCAAACGGGUUUAUUACAAAAACUGCGAACGUCGCGGCUGCGGGUUUGUAAUAAAAAAAUUAUCGUGCAAGUUUUUAAGUGUAAACACAACACGCUUCACACAUAGAAGGACGAUCUAGGAGUGUAUAAUAUUAUCGAUGAUUCUACGAUGACUUCAUUGAUUCUUUCUACUUUUAUAUCAUCGACACAUGCACGUGAAUUCCUUGCCGCAGUUGGAAUGAAUCGCAACUACACGAACGGAUAUGGAGAAUAAAAAAGUAAGACUCAAAGAGAUUUAAAAUGCACACGCAAUAUCUGAAAGGAGAUCUUAAGUGAUCCAACGAAGAUAAGUGAGUUCAACGAAGGUCAAAUGUAAUGAUCGAAAGCACGAGUGUAAUAUAGAUUGUACUUGAUGUUAGACCACCUGGCGUUACAGUUCCGACCGAACUAGAUGAAUUACAGACGACACGCCUUCCGCCAAUUCAUUUAAUCGUCUAGAAUAUAUUAGAUUUUCUCGAAUUCUUCUAUCGCGACAACACAAAAUGCGUUUCCGAUUUUUGAAACAGAGAUCAGUGUUUCUGAUCGGCUUCGGGAUAGGCUUCGUUAUGCCGUUACUAUUCGUUUCACUAAGGAGCAUAUUCGUGGCCGAUUUGAUCGUCGAUCGGGAUGCAUCACUGUGGCAACCUGAAUACUACCUGAAUAAAAGACCUCGUCACGAAGAGAUUAUUUUACAGUUUUGGAAAAAAGUUUGGAACGAGACGAGGGAUUUUAAUAGCAUUACGUAUCGCGCUUGGUUGGCAGCGCAAAACUUGAGAUUACAGAAAAUUGAUUUGGACAAGUACUUGUACGGUCCACGAGAAAAAAACGACGCGAAAGAGUUUGAGGACACAGAAUGGAACUGGUUGAGAAAACGAGCGUCCGUCACGUGUGUGAUUUUCGUGGAGAAGCUCAAGCUGGGGAAAUCAAUCAAGGCUACCUGGGGCAAACGCUGCAACAACAUAUAUUUCUUCGGACACCGCUUGAAGGACGCGGAACUGCCUGUUAUUAACGUAGAUAUAAAAAUUGUGUCUUCCUGGCAACUAUUGUGCGAAGCUAUGAAUUAUAUUUGGGACGAAGUCGACGAGCUAGAGUGGAUUAUAUUCGCGAAGGACGAUACUGUAAUCAUACCGGAAAAUCUGCGCUACAUGGUCGCUCCGUUGGACUACAGGCAUGAUUAUUAUUUGGGUCAUCCGGUGGUCCUUUGGGGCCAGAUCUAUAACGUUGCUCAAUCCGGAUAUGUUCUUAGUAGAGGAGCACUGGGUAAAGUGGUGCAAAUGUUCAAUACUUCGGAAAAAUGUAUCAAAGGUGGAAAGUAUUGGAAGAAGGAGGAUUAUUAUCUCGGGAAGCAUCUAUCGUCCUUAGGCGUACGUCCGUCUGAUACUCGAGAUCAGUACUUAAGAGGUACUUUCCAUGGUUAUUCCUUGCAAAAUCUUCUAUGGGGUGUUGCGAAACCGGACAGCUAUUUCACACGUGCUGUAUAUCCGAUAAAAAGAGAAUGCUGUUCGCCGAUAUCCGUAACUUUCAGCGCCAGUGAACCCGAUAAAAUGUACACGCUGAAUUAUUUGCUGUAUGAAUUGCGAGUAUUAAACGGCGAGAACCGAUUUGGGAACGUUUCUGCUAAAAUUCCAGUACGCGAAGAGGAUGUUUGGAAGGUUGCGCUGCAAGAAGAAUUCAACAUCACGCAUUUGAGUGAUAUAUCCAGCGACGCUUAUUACGAAAUAUGGCACUCGAGAUAUUCUGAACCAGGACAGUUAAAAAUGGCUAAAAAUUACCGAAUGACGCCGGACGCGCUAAAUUGUUUACUGGCGAGUUACAAAGCGGGAAAUAGAUCAGUGUUCAAAUGCAGGACUAAAAGUGUCGUCGACAGUACAAGAAACUAAAUGGACUGUUCAUUAGAAUGCUAGUUUAUCGAACGAUUGUACAAAGGAAGGGAGACGGUGAAUAUUUGUGAUAUUCCUUUCCAUGUAUGUAUAACUCUAAACAUUAAAAUGAUAUAACUUUGCAAAUAUAUUAAUAAAAACAAUAUUGAUAUGA